AUGGGGGAGUACGCGGCGGUGAAGACCUCGGUGUGGUGGGACAUCGAGAACUGCCAAGUCCCCCGCUACUGCGACCCCCACCUCAUCGCGCAGAACAUGAGCUCCGCCCUCGCCGCCGCCGGCUACACCGGCCCCAUCACCAUCUCCGCCUACGGGGACACCAACUGCGUCCCCAACCACGUCCAGCACGCCCUCUCCAGCACCGGCAUCGCCCUCAACCACGUCCCAGCAGGUAUUAAAGAUGCAAGUGAUAAGAAGAUCUUAGUUGACAUGUUAAUCUGGGCUAUUGACAACCCUCCACCGGCAAAUUAUUUGCUAAUAUCUGGUGAUCGGGACUUCGCGAAUGCCCUUCAUAAGCUAGUGAUGAGACGGUACAAUAUUCUACUAGCACAACCUCCAAAUGUGUCUCAAGCGCUUACUGCUGCAGCAAAACAUGUUUGGCUAUGGAAAGACCUUGUGGCUGGGGAACCACCAUUGGCAGAGUCCCCAUACAUAAGUAGCAUAACCAAUGGCAGUGUGGAUCAUUCGAAUGCAUCGAAGAACAUGGUUUCAGAUUCUUCAGAUGCAACUCCACAUAACAGUACUCAAGGGCAGAAUAGCAUUCCGUGUGAUCAGCAAAAAGGUGGUAACGGCAAGGCAGAUAAACAAUAUAAAGUUAGGCAACCUCGGAAAAACCAGUCAGACAAUGUAUCUAAGCCAACAAGGACCGAUGAAGCUUCAGUUGAUGGAGUAUCAGAUAGUUCUAAAGGAAGCACCGCUAGUGAGCCAAAUCAAUCUCAGCCUCCAUCAUCCUCAUUAUCAAGUUCUGAUUUGCAAGAUGGGGGUGGAGCACAGGUAGAUCAACUGAAUACACAAAAAAACCAGCCAUCUCCCCAGUCCAAAAAGCCUGUAAAAUCUACUCUUUCCCAUCAAAAGAGUGCUCCUCAUGACCUUUACCAUGGUAAGAAGCCAUCAACCGAGUCUUCAUCUAAAAAUGGUGCUCCUGACGUGACUGGCAAUGGUCGUCCAAAGUAUCAGAAAUCCCAAUCCUCUCAGCAACCAAGGCAACAGAACCCAGUGAACCAUCGUCCUCAUGGUGGAUCUGGCAAUUUUCAAUCAUCAAACUCACAUAGAAGCAACUCAUGUCCAGCACCAACUGGGCAUAAUGGUAUUCCUACUGCACCAUUGCAAUUCUGGCCAAGUGGCCCACCUUAUCAUGGACCACCAAUCAAUUAUCCUGAUAUGAGUCGGUUGAAUAUUUCUGAAUACCCUAGAGGUAUUCAUAAUAACCAAGGUUUGCAUGCCAACUACCAUCCAAACCAUCCUGGUGCUCCACAUAUCAUUCAACCUGGUUACAGUGAUUAUAGUUACAGACCUCCAACUCAACCUAACAUGCCUAGCAACAUGCAAAAUAUUGGACACUGGGGUGCCAACCCAGGAUGUCCACAGCCAUCUUCAGACCCUCAAGGUCUUGUAAGAUAUAUCUUAGGUGCUUUGGAAGUUUUGAAGACUGAGAAGAUUCCCCCAACAAAACAAUAUAUAGCAGAUUGUAUAUGUUAUGGUGAUGCUAAUCUACCAAAUUUUGAUGUUAAGAAGGCACUUCAAGUUGCCAUGCAGCAUCAAGCUGUUGUCAAGAAAAAGUUAGGGAACAUGUCAUUCUUUCUGGGAAAAGACGAAAAUCUCUGGAAAUGUGUUAAUAUAAUGGAUGAUAAUACAAAAUACCCAAAAGAAACUCUAGACGCUGUUCAUGCUUUCAUUUCUUCUGCUCCAGGCUAUUCUGAGAUAAAGAGUUCUCAAUCUAGGUAUCAAGCUGCUACUAUGUUGAAGAAAACAUGCCUGAAGCAUCUUGCCCUUGCUGAAGUCCUUCAGGUUCUGAAUAUCAUAAUCAACACAAAAAAGUGGUUUGUGCCCCAUUCUUCAGGUUGGCAGCCGUUGUCCUUUAACAUAAUAGUGGCUGAUGCUACUACUGCCGCUAGUGGAAAAGCUUAG